UGAGUGGAUUUUGCAGAUAUGGACAUUUGUGCCAGUGCAGUGCAGGAUGGGGGCUCCCCUAAACACAUUACCCACCUUUUUUGUAUGUCAGAUACUGCUAUUCGAUUCCAUCGGUGGAUUACCAUUUUCAAGUAUAUCAGCAAUACCAUCACUGACAUCUUCGGAAUCAUCAUCGAAUGACGACUCAACAUCACAUAUAAUCUUAGUCAAUAAUGAAAAUACCAUCCCAACCUCUUCAGUCCUCAACACCUCAACACCGAAAAACUUCCAGCUUAUUAUCGGAUUACCUCUUGGAAGUGAAAAUAAUUUAUUACCAAUUGAAGGUACUGAUAAUGAUCAAACUUUAAUGGCAGAUGCAUGGACUAUAAAUUUACCAGCAUCAAUCAAUAUUCAACCAAAUGUUCUUGUACAAAAUCCAGUUUCUGAACCUACAAGUUCACUUAAUGAUGUAACUUUAGACACAACAUCGCAAAUCACAACUACUUCUACUUCUAAUUCGGUUUUAACAAUAAUCCCUAAAAUUAAUAUAAAUCCUGUUUCAAAUGGUUUGAAAAGAGAAUUGCGUGACACUAUAUGUGCAUCAUCUGAAGAGCAAUAUUCGUCAAAUAACAAUUUUCCUUCGUCUCCUUUUAAUAGUUUUCCGUCAUUACCUCAAUUUAAACCGACGUUUCCUCGUGUAAAUAUGCCAUGUACGAGGUGUGAUUCAGAAGACUCAAGUAAUUUGUCAAGCAGUGUAGAAUGUGAUUGGUCAUUGUCUAAUCCUGCUAGAUGCUCAUCAUUAUUUACAAAUCUUAGUCCAACUCCUAAUACGCUAGCAUUUGAUUCUUCUAAUAAUAAAGAUCCCUAUUUCAAUGAUUUAAAAAACUAUGCGAAUACUAGACAGAGUGUGCAGUGUUUUUCAAAUGAUAUACAAAAUGAACCAAACGUGGAGCCAAACAUUUCUCCUUCUCAUAUGAUUCGGUUAAAUAAUAAUUUAAUGAAAGCCAAAGCUUUACAAAAUAAUAUAUUUACGUCUCAAUCUAAUGUUAAUAACGAUGCUAAUUGCGAAAAUUCAAUCAACCCAAAUAUUAUGACAGAAUAUCAAAAUGUAUUAAGAAUUCGAAAUGAUAUAAUACCUAAAAUGCUAUCUGAAAAUGUUGCCGUUAAAUCUAUUGCACAAUGCAAUGAUGACAACAUAAGAUGCCCUCAAGAAGGAACGGUUUCCGCUCAGAAUAAUAUGCCUUAUAUCCAAAAUAAUAACGUGGUAAACGACAAUUGUAAACCUGCAAGCAAUGUGAAUAUAGCGAGAAUGAUCAAAGACAAUAUGAAUGAGAAUAAAAAUAAUAACCAAGGCUGUCCUCAGUUAAGGUCAAUUCCUAUAUACAAUAAAGAAUCUCUUCUUAAUAAACAAGCAGCUUCAUCAAGCAACUAUGUCGAUUGUUCUCAGAACCAAAAUAAUAAUAUUUGUCUUGGUCAAGUAAUAAAUCAAAAUAACCAAGGGUGCCCUCAGUUGUUUAACGUAGCACAAAAUAAUUUGUAUCAAAAGAAGAAUAACGAUGCUAAUAUAAAUAUCGAAAAUAGCCAAAUUUGCAAUUGUGAAAAUGAAUGGAACCAAAAUAAUAACUGUAAUUGCGUUCAAAUGUUUACACCCAAUGAUAACUUAGCUCAAGCAUUACAAAUGAUAAAUAUGGAAAAAUCAAAGCGAGCCGAAGCUUCUGCUACUUCCAUAAACAUUUUACCAUUUGGUGAAACAUUAAUUGACGGCCAACCAAUAGGUAAUAAUUUUAUCUCCCUAGAUUCGCUUUCAUGCCCCGCACAACUUCCAACUCAAUCGAACCCAAUCUCAUUUUGUACUUCAGAAACUGCAGUACCAAGUUCAACAAAUAUUAUGCUAGCUCCAUCCAUCAAUUCAGUUAACACUAUUUCUCCUAUGAUAAAGAAUAUAGCUCCAUCUGUACCGAAUAUGGCAAUAACAAACUCACCAUGUCCUCAAUCAUUCGUUCAACCUUUUAUUUUGAAUCAAGACUCAUUUUGUAACAACAAUAUCCAGUCACUUAAUCCUAUAAUUACCCCUACGUUUAUCCCAAUACAAUCUCUACCCCAAGUUCAAUUUGUUAACAACAUACCAUCUUCAACAAUAAGUGUUAUACCCUCCUUAUCGUUGUCUGACACUUGUUAUUCUCCUAUUUCUAAUUUACCUUCCGUUUGUACUUCUAUUCAACCAAUCGUUCCUCCUUCAUAUCCUUUAAUAACAUCGAAUCUAAAUCAAGCUGAUUGCAUAUCAGGAGCAUCAGCUGCAAUUUCACCUAUUAACAAAAUCGUAAAUUCCUUAACUACAAAUAUAAUGUCAAACUUGCUUUCAAAAAGAUUACCAACCCCACCUCUAGUAAAUCUCCCUCCAGUUAAUCCUUAUAAUUGUAACCUUAUUACAGAAUCCACAGCUUCUAUUCUACCAAUUUUUGAUAUACCAGUGGCUUGCAACGAAUAUGUACCACCAAUAUAUAGUUCUAUCGUUCCUAUAUCUACAUUUAAUCCAAAUCUAUUUUGUAUGGAAACCGGUAGCUGUGAAACUUGUGUUCCUUUUGUUUUAUCAUUGACUGACGCCUUUUAUCCUGAGUCUUCAUUCAUGUCUGUGCCUGCUUUAACAUCAGAUUCGACAAGUUUAUAUGGAUCUUUAAUUACACCAGUAACUUUACCACAGGCGCCGUCUGUGGUUAAAAUAAACAAUGCAGUAAACAUGUGCAGCUAACAGUCAAUAGAUAUUACAUAUAUUAUAGUCCAAUUUUUAGCAAACUUUCCUCAUGGGAGGCCAGAAAGUUAAAGGGGUUUAAGAGAGCCAGAAUUUCAACAAAAAUGUAUUUUGAUUUGCGAUUGUGUGCCAAUGCUAUAUACUAAUUAUUUCAUAGGACCGGCGGCGGGCCGGAUGAAAUCAUUUGGCGAGCUUGAGCUGGCCCGCGGGCCGUACUUUGCCCACCACUGUUAUAAUCUGUCGAUGUAAUUACCUUACAGGUACCCAAAAAUACGUUGAUAUUUUUUUUGGGUUUUUUCUUACUUACAAAACAAACCUACAAAAUGGCAUUAAAACUUGAAAAAGCACUUAUCUUCUAUAUCUUCCUUUAGUUUUAAUAGAUACUUUUUUGAAAAUUAAACUAUAUGCAGCAGUAAAAAAUAAAUGUCAACACAUUUUCAGCCCACUCUGUAUACCCACCCUUAAUAUUUUUAAGUACAAGUUAAAGGUCCAUGUUAUCACUAAUAUUCCCGCCACCAUUACCGUCCGCCAAUUAUUAUGACGUAUAAAUAACACUUGCACUGCGUGUGCUAUCAAAAUCGUCGCACACUUAUAUUGGUCUAAGGGCCUGAGGGCCUACCGCGAACCACGUUCGACGUGUUGCCUCCCUGUCACACUUACGUACGAAUUUACAAGUGCGACAGAGAGGCAACACGUCGAACGUGGUUCGCGGUAGGCCCUCUGUUUCAAAAUGUCCGAAAAGUAUUGGGUAGCUAAUCAACAAAUAAAUUAACUGCCAGAUAAAAUUCUCUGCAAAACUUAGCACUUUAUCUACUAGUUAACUUAUUUGAAGAUUGUGAAACGCCAACGAUGACUUUAUUUGUCAGAUAAGUGGCAAGUAGCUUAUUCAGGACUUUACUUGGACAUUGUGAAACAGGCCCUAAAUCUAAAUAGCCGGUUAUAAAACUCUCAUAAAGUGAAAUGUAAAAUUCUUUUGAGAAUAAUAUGUACGUUUAAUCCAAACUAAAAAUGUAUUUUUGCUGUAAGUUUGGAAAUGUUAAAUAGUUAUAAGAUGUUAAUAAUUCUUGAUAAAAAUAUUUGAAAUAA